UUUCUUGCCGUUUCUCGGUUGUUUGUCGCUACGCACGCACGGGAGCCCGGGAGAGUCAGAGGCCCGAGCAUCAAGGCUAACGGACUAACCAGCGCAGUACACAUCGUGGCCGUACCCCAGGCAGCCAUGCCUACAGUAGAGGAGCUAUACCAGAACUACGGCAUCCUGGCCGAUGCCAAGGACGACCUGAGCAAGCACAAAAAUGCAUACCAGGUUAUUCUGGACGGCGUGAAGGGAGGAGCCAAGGAGAAAAGACUCGCAGCUCAAUUCAUCCCCAAAUUCUUCAAGCAUUUCCCUGACUUGUCAGAUGCCGCUCUCAAUGCCCAGCUCGACCUUUGCGAAGAUGAAGAUGUUUCUAUCCGUAGGCAAGCGAUCAAGGAGCUGUCACAGUUUGCCACGGGGGAGAACCUUCCUCGCGUUGCGGAUAUUCUGACACAGCUGCUGCAGUCAGAUGACUCUGCGGAGUUUAACCUGGUGAACAACGCUUUGUUGAGCAUCUUUAAAAUGGACGCAAAAGGCACCUUAGGUGGCUUGUUCAGCCAGAUCCUUCAAGGAGAAGAUAUCGUCCGCGAGAGGGCCAUUAAGUUCCUUGCCUCCAAAAUGAAACAUCUGCCAGAAGAAGUUAUGACAAAGGAGGUGGAGGAUUUCAUAUUGUCCGAAUCUAAAAAGGUUCUGUACGAUGUUACCGGCGAAGAGUUUGUUUUGUUCAUGAAGAUCCUCUCGUCGUUGAAGAACUUGCAGACACUCAGCGGCAGACAGCAGCUGGUGGAUUUGGUUUCGGAGCAGGCCGGAAUGCAUCAAACCCUAAACCCAGCAGAUCCUGACUCUGUAGACCGCCUGCUCCAGUGCAUGCGCCAGGCUGUGCCCUUUUUCUCGAAAAACGUCCACUCUACUAAAUUUGUGACCUAUUUCUGUGAGAACGUCCUUCCUGUCUUGAGCUCCAUGACCAGUCCUGCAGAAGGCAUAGACGUCCAGCUUGAGGUUCUUAAAUUGUUGGCGGAGAUGAGCUCAUUCUGCGGAGACAUGGAUAAACUGGAAUCCAACUUGAACAAGCUUUUUGACAAACUGUUGGAGUACAUGCCCCUUCCACCCGAAGAAGUAGAAAAUGGCGAGAACGCUGCGAGUGAGGAACCCAAGCUGCAGUUCAGCUACGUGGAAUGCUUACUCUUUAGUUUCCACCAACUCGGCAGAAAGCUCCCCGACUUCCUUAUCGCUAAAGUGAACGCAGAGCAGCUGAAGGAUUUCAAAAUCAGGUUGCAGUACUUCGCACGGGGGCUUCAGGUCUACAUUCGGCAGCUGCGCCUGGCUCUUCAAGGAAAGUCCGGAGAGGCUCUCAAAACCGAAGAGAACAAAAUCAAGGUGGUGGCUUUAAAAAUAACCAACAAUAUCAAUGUUUUAAUUAAGGAUUUGUUUCACAUUCCCCCAUCCUACAAAAGCACAGUGACUCUGUCCUGGAAGCCAGUGCAAAAAACAGAGACCCCACAAAAAAGAACAAGUGAAGAGACUACCUCUAGCUCACCUCCCAAAAAGCCAAUACAGGGGCCCAAAAGAGAUGCCCGGCAGAUUUACAACCCACCCAGCGGCAAAUACAGCGGAGGGCUUGGGAAUUUCCCUUAUGAGCAACGAGGAGGUUUCCGCGGGGGCCGAGGUAGAGGCUGGGGUGGACGUGGCAGCCGCAGCAGAGGAAGAGUCUAUUAAAGACGCCGUUUAAAACCGGAGCAGAAGACCUGCCUAGAUUUCCACUUGAAGGCUGGACUGAUGACAAUGAUCUGGCGGGGGUUGCCUUUGGCCUACAGACUUUUAACAUUAAAAGCAUUCUUUCUACCUUUUA